AUGGUUCCAAAUGCUAAAGCCUCAGAGUUUCAUCUGGAUGGUGACUAUUUAAUUGGGGGACUCUUUGAUAUUCAUCAUGUCGAUUUUUCAGUUCAUCCCAGACCAGAAGCCAUCGACUGCUCCAGUCAAAUCUUCUCUUUGUCAAGUUACCGGAGGUUUCAAAUUAUGAGAUUCUCGGUGGAGCAAGUCAAUAAUUCCACCAACCUGCUUCCAGAUGUCUCUCUUGGCUAUGACAUAUUUGACCAAUGCUCGGACACAAAGAACUUCCCAGGAAUUUUCAAUCUCAUAUCAGAAAAUGGCAUGGUCCGGCCGUGGAGAAAUUCGCCUGAGAAUCUCUCCAAAAGUCCCAACGUGAUUGCUCUGAUCGGCCCGUUCACCAGCACCAACACCUUGGCUGUAGCCCCGCUGUUUAUGUCCUACUUAAUCCCGAUGGUGAGCUACGGCGCUGCCAGCUCUGCCUUCUCUCAAAAAGUCAGAUUUCCAUCGUUUCUCCGGACAGUGCCUUCCAACAAAGAAAUCAUAGAUGUCAUGGUUAACAUCUUAGUGCACUUCGACUGGCGCUGGGUUGCUUUCCUUUACAGCGACAAUGAUUUUGGCACUGACGGACUGGAGCUUUUCAGAAAAGCGAUUAAGGAGACCGACACCUGCCUGGCCUACGCCAAAGGCCUCAACGAAAAUACGGGGCACGCUCAAAUGUUCAAACAACUGGAUGAGCUGAAUUUAAACACCAUCAUUGUUUUCUCCACCGAUUUGGAUGCCGAAGCUCUCGUUGAGGCAGCAGUACGACUGAAUGUCAGUGACAAGGUGUGGAUAGCAGGGGACACCUGGUCUUUGAACAAAAGGCUCCUCAGGUUGGAAGGGAUCGAAAACAUUGGAACUGUACUUGGGGUGGCUCAGUCGGUGUUGCCAAUUCCUGGUUUUGACGAUUUUAUUUACUCUACCAAAUGCCAGAUGGCCAAAGAACAGAAGUUUUGUAAUCAGUACUGCAACUGCAGCAACCUAAUCCCAGACGACAUCAUUUCCAUGGAUCCGUCCUUUUCAUUUCCUGUUUAUUCUGCUGUGUUUGCCAUUGCUCACGCCUUACACAAUGUACUGCAGUGUGGAGCUAAUAAAUGCAACCGUGACACUGAAGUCCAGCCAUAUAUGGUUUUGGACCAGUUGAGGAAGUCAAAUUUUACACUCUUGAAUGUGAGAGUUGGGUUUAAUGACGAUGGGGAGCCCAUUUUUGGGUCGUACUCCAUAGUUUUCUGGAACCGCAGCAGCAGUGCAGAGGAGAUCGGCUUAUAUACGUUCUUCCCAUCCGUCAGUUUCUCCAUCAACAGCACCAAGAUUGAGUGGUUCACAAAUCACCAGGUGCCCAUUUCACAGUGUUCCCAAGAAUGCCCUUCUGGAUAUGCAAAGACCCAAACUGGGAUCCAUAAAUGCUGCUUCAGGUGUGACGUGUGUCCAAAUGGAACCUACAUCAGCACUGCAGAGGAUCCCUACAGCUGCAUCAGCUGUGAGGAGACAGAGUGGUCCGAGGCGGGCAGCACGUCGUGUAGCCCGCGGCUGGUGGAGUACGUCCUGUUCACAGACAGCGGAGCUAUCCUCAUCAUAAGCGGGUCCUGCGUCUUGAUGGGCCUCACUGUGGCAGUCGCUUUGCUCUUCUCUGUCACCUACAACACACCUGUUGUGAGAUCUGCUGGAGGACCCAUGUGCUUCUUAAUUUUAGGCUGCCUGAUGCUUUGCAGCCUCAGUGUGUUCUUUUACUUUGGAAAGCCAACCACUGCUUCCUGUAUCUUAAGAUACUUCCCCUUUCUCUUGUUCUACACAGUUUGUUUGGCUUGCUUUGUGGUGCGCUCGUUUCAGAUUGUCUGCAUCUUCAAAAUAGCUGCAAAGAUCCCCAAACUUCACAACUGGUGGAUGAAAUAUCAUGGACAGUGGGCGGUCAUCGCUGGGGCUUUUGUCAUUCAGGUUAUCUUUCUUAUUAGCAGCUACUGUUUUGGUGCUCCUCGUCCCAGCCACGACACUUUCACCUACCAGGACAGGAUCAUUCUGGGCUGUGACAUUAAUAUUGCAGCCACCACACUAUCUGUGGUGGUACCUCUCUCUCUGUGCUCCCUUUGCUUCAUUUUCUCCUACAUGGGCAAAGAUCUCCCAAAGAAUUAUAACGAGGCCAAAGCCAUAACCUUCUGUCUGCUGCUGCUGAUUCUCACCUGGGUCGUCUUUGCCACGGGUUACAUACUCUACCAAGGCAAGCACAUCCACACGUUUAAUGCUCUGGCGGUGCUAUCAAGUCUCUUCUCAUUUUUGUUGUGGUAUUUUCUCCCAAAAUGCUACAUCAUUGUUCUGCAGCCUCACAAAAACACACAGCAGUACUUCCAGGGUCUCAUUCAGAGUUACACCAAAACAAUCAGCCACUAG